AUGGUUACUCCCACCGAGUCGUUGCACGAUCCGUACCUAGUGGCGCUCUUGAUUGCCCUCGGCCAGCUACAAUGGAGGGCGUUGGGACCGCAAAAAACUCAGCAGGCGGCUGGCGUGACGCCCAAGCUCAUGUUCAGCACCGAAGAUUGCAAUUUUAUGUACAUCUAUUCGGUAAAUAUAUCCUCGUCCCUCAUCAACAUGUUCGAUAACCCAGCCAUGAAGCCGUCGGCGCCUGAUUCCCUUGCUGUGCAAAUAUCCACUAUUCCCUAUAAACCUGUCGAAACGUUUCGUGGUCGUCUCUUGGCGCUCCUCCUCUCGGCGACUUGCCCCGAGGACGUGGACAAGUCGGAAAAGUUGAUUGUAGACGCGUCCACCUUCGCGCAAAGAGGCAAGGGCAGAGAUAACCUCUCUGCUCUGGUUCAUUCCAGGCACUGGAAGAGCGCCGUCAGUCAAUGGGGUCGCGAACACUUGUUUGCGCACCGCGUCCUCUGCAAGGAGCCUAAGAAAGCUCUGCCUCUCUUUGAGUCUCGCAGGCUCUUGCCUCGCGACCCAAGAAACACCAACGCCUGCAUCAACGCUCUGGUCCAAGGUCCGGAAAGCAUCGACGCCCUCAAAUACCAAGUGGAGCCUCAGCUCGUGCAGCACUACAAGCCGGACAGUCUCGGCUACGUCUGGGCAGCCUUGGCUCCAUUUGUGCGAGCUGGCGCCGGCUCUAUUCAGGACGCCCCCUCGGACACAGCAGUCCGGGAAGCGUCCAAACGGACGUCAAAGAGACCUGUGGAACUCCAAAACUUCGUCCCGUCCGACCAGGUCACCUUCGGGAGCUCCCCCGACUAUAAACAUCGUCCCGCAACGUCGGGCUCGAAUGAGACUCAUUCGAGCGCGGGCUACGUCGAGGGGCUUGUAGCACCACUCGUCGAGGAUGCUACUGUCCGUCUCGCCAGUUGCUUUAUCCGCUGCGUACUGAAUUACGGCCAGCACCAGGAUCAGACAGUUCCAUUUCUCUACUUCUGUGACGAGCGUCAGACGUAUUCUUUCUCGCAGGGCAAUCUGCACAUCCACGCAGUCGAUGAUGGGGGCAUCCAGUUUAUCGACGCGAACGGCGAUCACCAACAUGUAGCGAUGCUUGAAGGCAAACGGACGUUCGCAAAAGUCAUCGACGGAUUCCAAUUGUCUCCGACGAGCUGCUAG